AUGGUCGGAACCGGACAGGAAUUUCAAGUUUCAUGCCACGCUCCAGACUGCUUGGUCUGGGAAAUCACCCGCAAAAGCCACGCUUUCUUGAAAAAGUCUGGCUUCACCGAGUUCUCCUUGGAGCCAUUCAACCUCGUUGGAAAGAACACCCCAAAGUACACUGGAUUCUCUCACAAGCCAGUCCUUGACAUUGUUCUCACCAGCAAUGGCUCAUUGGCCAUCCAAAAGACCCGCAAGUUGCUCGAAACAAGGAGCCCUGCAAACAACAAGAGCGCCAAAAAGGUCGCCAAGUGCCUCAAGAACUUGCCAAGUUUGCGCAAAACCGUCAGGGAACACAGACCAGACUUGGCCAAGGACUUUCUCCUCAAGUUUGUCAAGCUCGUCCACGCCAAGACCGAUGACAAGAGUGAAUAA